GAGAGGGGGAGUGAUUAAAAAAAGGAUUUGUGUGUGGUUCUUGCUUGCCCUUUUUCCCUGUCGCAGUGGAAGCUCAAUCUGGUUUAGGAAGGAAAGGGCACAAGAGAGAGUUGGUGUUGGUUUUCGAUUUUGUUUUGCUUCUGGAGUUACCGUUAUUUUACUCCAGGCAGACAAGAAAAAGAAUGACAUAGUCCAAAACACCUGGCUGAAAUUUUCCACCAUGGCGAGCCCCACGAUCGAAUCCCUGUGUUGUUUAUCGAGCACGAAUGCCUUCAGUAAAGACUUUCUCAUAGACUUCCAGAGUGUGCCUUACAAUGCCAUAUCCAUUGUGGCAUCCCUUUUUGGCAUGGCUGGUGCCAUAUACCAGAUUCUUCCCCGAACACCUAGUAAUGGCGGCAACGGUCGAGGGGGAAGGUUCUUCAAGACGAGGGGGCGCCUUAUCAUACGAUGGCUAGCCUUUGCUGACCUUCUGGCCGCAUUCGGGAUUCUUAUAAGAUCGGCUUCCUGGCUUGCCGAUGACACUUUUGGAUCAAAGGCAGAUGACAGCAGACUAGGGCAGUCUAUGUGCAUCGUAACAUCGGUUAUUAUCCACUAUUUCUACACUGCAACAUACUGCUGGACCUUCUUAUAUGCCCUGGAUGUGAAGCUGGUAACGCAUCAGAGACUCAUAAGUCACCGCGUGUAUCAUGCAGUGGCUUGGAGUAUUCCACUAAUCCUGUGCCUCAUGGGACUACUCAUCCUGUAUCUUCCUGAUCUAAAUUGCCACAGUCAGGCCGUGAACCCAUAUCUGAGAUUUCUGCCAAACUAUUUAAGCACAUUUAUUCCCAUUGUCAUUGUUAUGAUUGGCAACCCAAUACUUUAUUGCAUAGCAUUCUCAAAUGUUGAAAAUCAAUUAAUGUCAACCAGAGGGAGAUUCACCCACUCAGAACGACAGAUUGUUGAUGCUCUGCGCAAGAUGUUCUUGCUAAUCAUUGGAGUUUUUUAUCUCUGCUGGUUGCCAAAUAUCAUCAAUGGCAUCGUCUUGUGGACAUCUUGGAAUAAUCUUCCUAAAACAUUUAUUAUAACAGUGUGGUAUCUUAUGGCAAUCCUAAAUCCACUUCAGGCCGUGUUUAACUCCAUGGUGUAUCGCAGCUGGGAGGCAGGCAGUAGCAUCGUAAAGCCCAGUUGGUUCCCAGCAAGAUUAUGGCCAAAGCAUUUAACACAACAGCCGAAGGUUCCUGUAGAAGAAUCUUCUCAGCAUUCUGUUUCUAAGAAGUUGUCACAUGAACGAACACCACUACUGCACUCUUUGUCGAAAGAUGGAGUUAAUCAAAGCCAGCAUGAGGUCACCGGUAGCAAGACUGCACCUAAAUCAUAUACUUAAUACACAAGUUGUUUCUGCUCCAAUGUAGUUAAAUACAUUAUGGAUUGCACUGAAGCAUAUACUUGCUACUUAUAUCUUCAGGUCACCAAAUUACCAUGUGCCAAUAACCUGAAUGGUAUGGAACACAUAUAGUACAUUUGCUUCUCUCUGUUUUUGGCAGUCUCAGGGAAAUGCUCUCUAAUUACAUAUGCAUCUGGGAAAAGCAGAGUAAUACUUUGACUUCAGAGACUUCUGAAACGAAAUACUUUUAUCAAAUGCUGAAUCAACUUUAACCAGGCCUAGCAGAAUAUACCAGUAUGACAAAAUGUUCACUUGUUCUGUGUUCUCAGUUGUGUCUAAGUAUUACAUCCCAAGUCACAGUGCAUAUGAAAAUUUUCCUUUCCUCUGCAGUACUGUUGUUCAGAUGAUAAUGAAUUUUUUUUGAAAAUCAUUUGUUUUCAAUUGCUUUAAUGAUCAACAGUGCUUUACUUCAUUUAUUUAUGGCUUGUGUCACUGGAUCUAUAAUGCUUUUCAUGGGAGUGUCUCAGAAGUCACAAAGAAUUUGUCAUCAGUCACAAAGCUCUCAAGAAAGUUCAUGUACUAUAUGUGACAAGCUUAUUCUUGCAUCUGUUUUCCAGAUUUGUUUACCUUUUUUCUCAUUUACAUUUGUCUUACUAAUUCUGUAGUUUCUUCAGUAUUUAUUACAUUUAUCUUAUUGAACAGGAUCACCUCCUACAUUUUUAAGAAACCUUUUAUUUAUAUUUUUUUCUUUCUUUCAUAGUCAAUUUAAAAACAUUGUAUGUCUUAUGGUGUUCUGUAUCCUUUGGUACUGAAAAUAAUUGAUGAUAUCAUAAGUAUAUAUUAGAUGCAUAGAUGCCAUAAGAUCUGUUAUUAAAAUGCAGAUAAUGAUAUAGAUAGUUGCUAAUCAUACAUUCCAACUGUCUCAACAUUCCAAUUUUCAUUCUAGAUAUAUCCUUGAGAUA